UCUCGCGAUACUUCACGGGGAGGGGCGUGUCAGAUUCCAAGAGAGGAGAGAGAGAGAGAGAAAGAGAGAGAGUGGGAUAGAGGGGCGCUGUGUUACAUUGCAAAGCCUUUGCAAAGAUGGGGGAUGACAAGCCUUUUGUGUGCAGCGCUCCUGGCUGUGGGCAGAGGUUUACUAAUGAGGACCACCUGGCUGUCCACAAACACAAACAUCAAAUGACGCUGAAUUUUGGACCCGCCAGAACGGACUCAGUCAUCAUUGCAGACCAGACGCCGACUCCCACUCGUUUCCUGAAAAACUGUGAAGAGGUGGGCCUUUUCAAUGAGCUGGCCGGCUCGUUCGAGCAGGAGUUCCCUAAAGGCCAGGAAGAUGAGGACAAGAGGGCCAAGAACCCGUUGCCGGCUCCUAAUUCGGGAGCACUAGACAUGAGUUUGCAGACGCCUUCAGACGUUAAGGUGAAGGAGGAGGACCCCGUGGAGGUGGACUCCUCUCCGCCUGACAGUCCUGACUCCUUCUCCAGCAUGUCAGAUAGCAGCAGAGAGCCCAUAGGCAGAGGACAGGAUUCUCCUCCAAAGCCUGCCUUCAGUUCGGCUCCCACCCCUGCCAUAGUGCGUCCUGGCUCUCUCCCCCUGCACCUGGGUUAUGACGGCCUACAGCCCACCAUGCCCUCUCCUACCUCCGUCAUCACACAUACCCCACCAUCCAACCGCACACUGGGGUCUCCCACAGUGCCGUACCCAAUGAUGAUGCUUCCCAAUGGUCAAACUGUUCCUGUGCUUCCAGGUCCUAUGCAGAUGCCCUCUGUAAUAUCUAACGGACUUGCGUUCUCGUGGAGGCCGGUCUUGCCAGGCUACUUUGAAAGAACGAACUCGGAAGGACGCGAGGACACAGAACGCAUCCUUCUGGCGAGGCCCCUGUGUAUGGUGCCUAACAUUCCAGGAAUUCCCGGCCCUCCACUAGGGGGCAGCAGCAGCGGCUCGUCUUCACCCUCCGGUUAUAACCCCCACACUGAGGCAAAGAUGAGGUUGAAGGCAGCAUUAUCUCAGCAGAUGCCCGCUGCUCAGGGUUGUCUUGGUGUGGCGAUGGGGUCCAGUGCGAUGGUACCUCAGAGGGUUGAGCAAAGCCAGCUGCUGGUCCAGCAUCCAGACGCCCCAUCCCCUGCUCAGCCACAGGUGUCACCCGCUCAGCCCACAGGGGGUCGCAGGCGGAGGACGACUGAUGACGACCCUGAUGAGAGAAGGCAGCGCUUCCUUGAGCGGAACCGAGCAGCAGCUUCUCGUUGCAGACAGAAACGCAAGGUCUGGGUCAACUCCCUGGAGAAGAAGGCUGAGGAGCUCACAUCCAUGAACGUCUCGCUGUCGAAUGAGGUGUCUCAUCUGCGAAACGAAGUUGCUCAUCUAAAGCAGUUGCUGUUAGCUCAUAAAGACUGCCCUGUCACCAACCUCCAGAAGAAAGCCGCCUACUUGGGAGAGGAACACAUGAAAGAGACGUCUGAGCCCACGGGCUCCCCGGCACCGGUCAUUCAGCACAGCUCUCUGGCCCACAGCCCCUCGUCUACAGUAGGGCCCAAUGGCCUGAGCUCCCGUGCUGCGGCUGAGGCGGUGGCCAUGUCGGUGCUGGCAGGGAUGGGCAGCCAGCGAGGGGAGGGCGGUGGGCCAUCGCAUGUCAUCAUGGCCACACAGUCCCACCCGUCCAGCAGAUGAUGAGAGCAGCUAACAGUCUGCCUGGGACUCUCCGCAUCCCGGGAGAGGGGGCAGAUCUGUACACAUAUAGAGUGAGACGGAAGGAGAUUGUUGUUCACUAUGCCAUAGACUAUGGGGGCUGGACUCCAAACUGUGUUCUCCUUUGCAUCCUCUGUAACUCUUGCUCCUUCCUUCAACUUCCUCCUGCUCCUCCACUGGCUGUAGGACUGCAAAGCACUUCCUGUCAUUAAACGUAUCCCCAUAGACAUAUGCACAUACACACGCUGCAAUAAAGACAUUGCCUGAAUUGUGACGGUGCACUCGGUGUAUGUGUACAUGUGCUGUAUUGCACAUUAAUUCACACACAUGCAGGCUGCGUCUCAAAUUUGUGACGAUGCAAUACUUUAUAUAUUCUUAUAUAUAUGUAUUAGUAUGUGUGUGUGUUUGAGAGAAACAUGACGAUUUAAUGUUCUGUACGAUCUUUUACCUUGCAAUUUUAGAGUUUUUUUUUAGUUUUCAAGUGGCCACCCCCCUCAUCUGACCCUCGCUCAUCUUACCUCAUUUUUAACCUGUUAUAUACGUUUAUAAUCGACGUGUGCAUGUGUGCUUCUUGUGUGGGUGUACAGUGAUGUACAACGGAAAAUAGCAGUUUGUGAAGGACUGAUACACUAAGACUGCCUUGUUAGCAUGCAAUCUUUUUGCUAUAUAUAAACUGUAUUGUAUUGGCACAUUGCAUUCAGUUUGGGCUACAGAACCUCAUAGUUGUCGUUUGUUUGGUCCUAUCUUUGUUUUCUUGUGUACGACAAACUCGCAAACCGCAAAUAGCAUACUGUCCGAGGUCAUGUCCCAGGACCCUUGCGCACAGUCCAGUGUCUUGAGAAAUCGAUGUCUUUCCAAAGUUAGCCAUUUUCUUUCCCUGUGAUCACAAUGUUUUAAAUUCAACUUUAGAUUGAGUUAAGUUGGCCAUAGAAAAAAACAACAACAUAAUAAUGAGAUAAAAAGUCACAUUUAUGGCGUAAAAGUCCUAAUUAUAACAAAAACUCGUAAUAAUGAGAUGAAAAUGUACAAUUCGUUUAAAUUUAUGAGACAAGUCAUAAUUAUGACAUAAAAAGUAGAACUUGUGAUAAUUUAGAAUUUUGUCACAAUUUUGAUGUUUUUGUCA